GCAAAGCUGUUUCGCCGCAUUGUUCUCUUCGUGAUUCCUGGAUACCUCUUGGUUGUGGUGGGAUGCUUAGCGUCGGGGACAGCAGUGGACAAGGCCUUUGUUGGCCAUGUCUCAUCACUGCAACUGGCAUCUAUUGGGCCCGCGUCUUCCGUCUACGAGAUGUGGACGCAAACGAUUCGGGCCAUCAACGGAGCCCAACUGGCUUUGCUGGGCAAUGUUCCAGCGGAUAUGAGCAGAGCUUCGAUUCGUGCAGUCGGAUUCGUUUACAUGACGUCUGCCGGACUGUUUGGCGGGAUCGCCGCAUUUGUCAUGGCUCCCGCAGCGGUCCGAUGGUUUGGCGCUAGUGCUGAGAUGUUCCCGUAUGCCAUGGCCUACCUGCAGGUACGAGCUUUCUUUAUGGUCAUGGGCAGGGUCCGUGACAGCUGCAAUGUGGUUUGCCUGGCAGAGAAGGAUUCUGUGACCCCCUUUGUGGCGUCAGUGAUAGCCUUUGUGACCAACGUGCUUGGAGACUUGCUCCUGUGCCCGAAAUAUGGUGCCUUUGGAGCUGCCGUGGCAACGGACGUGGCCACGUCCGUGGCUGCGGGUUUCACGUUACAGAGCUUGCGAAACUCCGGACUCUGGCCAAAGAAGUUCCCGUGUCCGGGGAGGAGAGAAAGCAGGCACUUUGCAAAGUAUGCCCUGAACCUUUUUUUAAGCGCAGUGGCGUUGUUGAUGAUUAUCAUUUCGGAGACACGCCUGGCCUCAAAGAUGGGUACCCCUUCGGGCGCCGCGCACCAGAUUCUUGAUGCGAUAUGGCGCAUCGCUGGCCUCUCAUUAAGUUUGCCAAUGGAGUGGGCAGGCCAGACCUUCCUGUCCAAAGACCUCACGGGGGCAGAGUGGAGACAUAUUGCCACGGUCAUCUCAGCCGUCUCGAUGUGCUUCUCCAUCCUGAGCGCAGGAUGUGUGUUGGCCUUCCUACGAUUUCGCGUUGACAUGUUUACGAAAGAUCCGCUUGUGCAAGCGGACGUGUUCUACAGCACGCCAAGUGUCGCGAUGUGCUCUGGGUUGAUUGUUCUUUCGCAAACCUUGAUGAGCUACCAGAUCAGUCUCGGGAAGGUGCACUUCAUUCCCAUCACCGGCGGGAUGCUCGUGGUCUUGUUUACAGCCAGCAGCUACACGCUUUACGUGUAUGGCAUGCUCAGCUUGCAGCGUAUGUGGGCCUUGAAAGCCGCUCUUCUUUGUUUCGCUGUGCUGUGGCAGUGCUGCGUGGUGUUGUAUUUCUGCCGCCGGAGAAGCUGA